UCAAACCAGCAGGGCCGCUCCUUAUCCGGGCAUCCGCUGAUAUAACAUCCAGUGGUGACUGAAACGACUCUGUGGCCCAGGACCCAGUCCGACAGCAUAAAAACCGGCGCUUGCCGUUCACAUGACAACAAAAGCCACCAUCUUGGGAGGGAAAUGAAGAUCGCAAAGAAACAUCCUCUGAUUGGCUACCACGCUCCAUCGCACCAAUAGGAUUGUUUUACACUGGGACGCGAGUUGGGGUGGGGGUGUGAACGUGAACAAGUUUGGGACGUUGUUUGAAGUCUCCCCUAUUCGGGGUCAAAGGCGGUGGCGCGAUUAUGAAUCAAAUCCGAACAGUGCUGCAGAGAAUGUUUGGGUUGGUUAAACAUCACGUAGGGACUGAUCAGUUUGGAAACAAGUAUUAUUACGUUCCUGAGCAGAAAAGUUGGACUGGACAGACUAUUCGUUCAAAAAGAAUGAUCGAAGCAGUCAAUCGAAAAGAAAUUGAAUAUGAAGUUGGAAACAUCCCUUCUGAAUGGGAGGCUUGGAUACGAGGGCGCAGGGAGGACCCACCAACCAAAGAGGAAAUUCUACACAAUGAAGAAUAUAGGAAAAUGAUAAAGAUAAAUGCCAAUGAAGUACAACAGAAGGAGGAGAUUAGGAGAGAGAAGGAAUAUGAGGAAGGUCUUGUUGCACGGCAAAUUCGAACUCAAAUCAAGGGACAUGCCUCUGCAACUUACUUUGGAACGGAUAAGCUAUCUUCAGAACCCACAAGUACAGCAAAUACCUUCCAGCCAGGAGGCUGGUUACCACCAGAAAACUCAAAUAUGAAAAAAUAACAUGUUUAUUUUGUCUUGUGGCUUAAAGAAUAUUUACCAGAAAUAUCUAACAAAUAAACAAAGGAACCAAAUAUACUUACAGCAAUUAUCACAUAUCAAUGAUACAACAACCGGUGUGUUUUGUUUUUUUUUAUUUCAGUUUACAUUUUCAAAUUCAAACCCUGGCACUUUAAGAUUCUUCUGACAAGGUCAUCAGUCUGAAGUAUUUCUUAAGUUUGUUUAAAAUCUGCUUUUCCGUGGAUAGUUUAUUCUACUCCCCCAGGUGUUAGGGCAAAAGGUUUGCACAGAAAUUUGUAAAUCAUUGCUUUCAUCUGUGUUGGAAUUGAAGUAUUUAAACAGUUUCAGAUAUGCAAACGAGAAAUUCUUCUCAAUAGUGGUGCAGUGAAGGGAGAGGUAAUCCUCAGCAAAGAAGCUGAAGGACCGCAGGGACAUUUACAACAGCUUUUCUUAUACCUAAAAUUAAAUGCUCAGUUGCACCAAAUACACAGCUCUCAAAACUUGAGUUAAAUUGCCUGAUGUAAUAUCAAGAAAAUUUCUGUUUUACAUGCUCCUAUAAUAUAUUGCAUUGACAUUGAGCCCAUUUCAUAGAAGGAUAGGUCAGUUAGCUCAGUUGACUUGAUGGCUUGCAAUGCAGAGUUGUGCUGACAACCAUGAGUUCAGUUCCUGUACCGACUGAGGUUACUAUUACGGACUCUCCAUCUCAACCUGUCCCUUCGCCUAAGCUUUGGUGACCCUCAAUUUAAACUGUCACCAGUCAUACCUCUCUCAUACGAAAGCAUCCCUAUGGCCGGCUAGACUUUACCUUUUAGCUAUCAAAAAAAUACUACGGUUAGCACAACAAUAGAAAACCUCACACUUAAGUUUUCUUUUGAAAAACUUGCUUGUAUUACGGUUCAGUAAUUUAUUUAAGUUUGAAGUAAUUCAUUUCACAAAAAAUUAAACCAGUCUGUAUUAAUUGUACAGAUUACAUUUUGUCAGUGGCUUGUUAGAAGUUUAAAUCACUGGUGAGUAUGAAUGCAAGUUUAAAUUGCAUUUUUUUUUGCCUUCUUUGUUUAAAUAAUUUUGUAUGUUUUUCUGCUUGUGAUUACUUUGCUGGUCUGAAUAUUUAGAUUUCAUUCUGCUGGUAAGAAUUUAUAAAUAAACUCUUUAAUAAAACAUGCAAUAUGCCAAAAUAAUUUUUGUUUAAUUUGUAACUAAUGUAUUUUUUGUAAUCAAUACUCUGUAUUGAACCACCCACCUAGAUAGCAUAAUUGAAGACACUUAAUUUAAACCAGGCCAGUGGCUAAAUCCUUCAAUUAGUCUGUUAAACUUAAUUCCCAAAUGCAGGAUAGGGAGUAUUCACAGCCCAGUGGCCUCAGUAUUGAUUUCACCAGCUUCAAAAUCCCCUCCACCCUCAGUAUUAUCCCACGGCCAGCCCUCCCCCUCCUCCUCUUCUUUCUGAUCCCACCUAUCCUGUCCAUCUUUCUACUCACCUAUCCAUUCCACCGACCCCACUGACCAAUUACAAUAACCCCUAUCUAUAAUCUACCUAUCAUUAUCCCACUGACCUUUUCCCUCAGCCCCGCCCCCUCCCUCCCUCGACCUGACAAAGAGUUUCAGCCUAAAACGUUGACUUCCCUGCUCGUCAGUUGCUGUCCCACCUGUUGUGCUUUUCCACCUUCACAUCUAUGGCUUCCAGUAUCUGCAAUCCUUACUGUCUCCAAACAGUAGAGAUGGAAUUCUUUAAGUGUCUGUUUUGAAUUACCACCUAAUUUUUUUUUCUUGUUCCGUGCAGAUUUUGAAAUCAUUGUCCCACUUGAAGAUAAUUAUUCAGAACUCUUGUCUGUUGACUGACCCACUUACUGAGUAAUUGGCUGUCACUGUCUGUGUCACCAAAUGUGUAUUUGACCAUGGAUGGUUUUCCUCUGUUUAUAUCUGACACAUUCAGCCAAUUAAUGUGAAAUAACUAAAAAGAAUUAAUAUGAAACAAAUUAACAUCUCUUAAUCCCAGCAACACUUUCUGUCUUCCAACGUGGAUAAUCAUAGUUCAUGGAUUUCUGGUCCAUAAAAUUAUGUAGAUUAGGAACUUUGGAGAACUUCAGAGAAGCACUUACCUACAAAAUACCAAUGCCCAUAGGAACCAGGAAUGUAGCCUUGCGAUCUACUGAUAAUAUUAGAUAGUUUGAAGAUGUUUUCUCGAAGACCCAUUAUAGCACUUUGUCUGAAGUGAAUGCCCCACUUUUGUGACAUCUUAAGUGUCAGGGAUGCGGAUAACAUAUGGGAAAGAAAAGUAAAGCUCGGAGUAUACUGUCAGCUUUUGCUAAAUUGUAGCAAUCUUGCCUCAGAGUCAGCACUCCAUCUCCAGGGAUUUGACCAAUAAUACAGGCUGACAUUAAGUGUAGGGCAGAGGGAAUACUACUCUGUAAGAGAUGCCAUCUUUUCAUCAAGGUAUUACAUCAAAGACCUGUCUGCUGCCUUGGAUGAAAUAUAAACAUUCCUGUGGUAUAAUUUUGAGGAAGUUCUGCCCUGUCAAUAUUUGUCAUCCAAAUAGAUAUAUCUUAUCAUUAGAAUAUUACUGAUUAUGGGACCAUAAUGGCUCCAAAUUGAUACUCAUUGUCCAACAUUGUGACAGUAGUUGUACUUUUUGAAGUGUUUAAAUGUCUAGAAAUAGCCAGAGGUAGGGAAAUAGGUUAUCUAAGUACAAAUCUUGCUUAUUUUUAAAUUCCCUUGUGGAAUGUGGGUGUUUCUGGCUUUGGGAGAUGUACUUUGUUUUUGAAGAGAGGUUUUGAGCCAUUGGUAUCAAUCUGUCACUUCCAAGCCAAUGAAGUAAACAGCUCAUGAGUUUUUGUUUAAAGUCAUAACAAUGGAAGCAGCAUGAAUGGAUGGAGUCAGGUUCCCACACAACUAGGAUGUUUGUUUAGCUCUCAGCAUCUGUUGGGGUUUAUAGUUAGCUGUGGAAGUGGCCUCUCUUGCUGUCUCUCUGUCUGCCUGUCUGUCUCUCUCUCUCUCUCUCUCCCGUGCAGCCAAAAGCUUGGGUUCUGUCCCUGCUGCCAGAACUGCAUGUGAGACAAUCUAUUUUACUGACAUUGCCUUUGCCAAGAGUGUGUUCAUGUAUUGUUACUAUAUUGGAAUGGUUGUUGUUUAGUGGUUGAAUAAUCUGUUUUGUUAAAGUUUUCCAACAGUGUUAAAGUUAUUCCAAU